UACUUCGGCACCAAAAUAACAACCAGAACCCUUUCUUCACUUGACCUCCGUCUCUUGAUCCUCCAAAUCCGAAAUGGAGCCCAGCGGACCCGGGUUCGGACCCAAAUCCGGAUCCACUAACAAGGAAGACAAGUGGUCGCUCCCAUUCUGCACCAUCGUGGCGGUGGACACGAGCGAAAGCAUCAGCUACAGAGCCUGCUCCAUCUGCGAGAGGACCCUCCCUGAAGACCCUUCCUCUUUCUGCUCCUUCUGCUCCAACAACUCCUCCGCAAAUCCCGGGUGCAAACGCGUCUAUCGGAUCCUUGUAUCCAUUGCUACUACCGACGAGGUAAUCGUGGUGAUCUUCUUCGAUCGCGUCACCCGUGUCCUCUUCGGCUGCUCAGCCGACGAAUUCUUUCACUUCUGCAGGCUCCAUCCAUUCGCGGCCGAAAAGGCAGCAGAGGUAUUAGAAGGGGAAAUGUGCAGGCUUACACUGUCGAAGCCAAAGAGCAGUAAUGCUCAGCAUCUCCGUGCUGCUUCCGUUGUUCCCUUGCGCACUGGAUUUCGCCCUGUGAUCGAUACUUUGAAGCAAAUGUAUGGGAUCGAGACUUCUUCCAGCGGCAUGAAAAAAGAAAAAUGAUAUGUGAUUGUUGUGUGCAAUCUGAUGUUUGACAGACUUCUGCCUUCUUCCAGCGGCAUGAAAAAAGAAAAAUGAUAUGUGAUUGUUGUGUGCAAUCUGAUGUUUGACAAACUUCUGCCUUACUUAAUCGAUCGUUUUGUUUAGAUUACAGGAUUUGUCAAUUGCUUGCAAUCGAUCAGUUGUCGGUUUCUUGUGGCUUCAAAUGAGAAAUGCCUCAGAAAUGAUCUCUUCAACAAGCCGCAACGCUUGGUUGGUAUAAGGUAGCAUCGAGUAAUUACUGAUGGAGAAGAGCAAUUAAUUUAUCAA